AUGCUCAUGGGCGGGCUCUUCGGUCGCUUCGCCGGUUCUCUUUGUGGAGACCUGGGACUGUCGGCGUCAGUUUCAGGGGUCUUCGCUGUCGUCGGAAGUGCCGCAAUGUUGUGUGGCUUCAAGCAGAUGACGCUGGCCUCGGUUCUGAUUGUUGUGGAGUGCGUCAAUGACUUGAGCCUUGCCCCCAUCGUUAUGCUCAGCGUGGCGGUGUCCAUGGCAAUAAACUGGGCCAUCAACGACCGAGGCCACGACGAGGAGGUGAUUCACCGGCGCCAACUUCCCUUCCUGGAAGGAGAGCCACCGCGGGCCCUCGACGCCCAGGCCUUUGCCUUCGCAUUGGGCCUGAGGGGUUGGAACGAAGGCGUAGGGCAGCUAGAGGACAUCUUCCUUCUGCGCUGA